AUGACAUUAAUGAAUGUGAUGCUAACCCUUGUCCUAGCCGGGCUGGGUGUGAGAACACAGCUGGAAGUUUCAAAUGUUCCUGUCUGCCAGGUUACAGUGGUAGUGUAACUGGCAUGAACUGUACAGACAUAGACGAAUGUCUUCACGGGAUAUACAACUGUCCGCUGCACACACGCUGUUCAAACACCAACGGCAGUUACACAUGUCCCUGUGCCUAUGGAUACAAACUGAACGUUGCCUUGGGAGUUUGCCUAGAUGUGGACGAAUGCUCCACCCGGACGCUGCCCUGUGGCCAUAGCUCCCGCCACCAUUGCGUGGACAACCCCGGAAGCUUCUCGUGCGAGUGUAACCAUGGUUACUCCGGUCCUAGCUGCGAUGAUAUAGAUGAAUGUCAGACAUCAUCAUCAUCGUCGUCGUCGUCGUCGGCAGUGCUGACGACUACCUGCACUGCGGUCAACACGCGCUGUCACAACUCCCCGGGCUCAUACACAUGCCCCUGUCUGCCGGGUUACUCUGGAACUCCUUGCGCUGAUAUCGACGAAUGUGCGGUUGACCUGUCACAGUCUCCGUGCGCUCUCCAGAACGCUGUGUGCACAAACAACGCUGGCAGUUAUACAUGCCCGUGUAAACCUGGUUUCCAGGGGCCGUACUGCAAAGAUAUCAAUGAAUGUCUAAGCACACCAUCAGUCUGUACCUCACCCAACUCUGACUGUGUCAACAGCGAUGGCACCUUCUCUUGUCCUUGCAAAUCUGGUUACCAUGGCGACAACUGUGAUGACAUUGAUGAAUGCUCGCCCGCAUCACAGCCUCACCCGUGUCACGCCGACGCCGUCUGUUCAAACACGCGCGGAUCGUAUCAGUGCAACUGUUCUGCUGGCUACCAGGGCGACGGCCAAUCAUGUCGAGAUGUUGAUGAAUGUCAAGACAGUGAUAUUUGUGGACAGAACUCCGUAUGUGCUAACAGCAUUGGCAGUUACUCUUGUUCUUGUUCCGGCGCGGGGUACAGCAGCACUACUUCUGGAACCGACUGUAAAGAUAUCGAUGAGUGUGUGUCUGGCGUACACCAAUGUGAAUCCACGACUCGUAACUGCUCCAACGUGAUUGGCUCAUACAAGUGUCCGUGUAACUCUGGUUAUAGUUCUCUGGUCAGCAAGGAUCCCAUUCAUGACCAAUGUGUAGAUGUAAAUGAAUGUACACUGGCCCAGGCACCAGCGUGUCAUGAGCAUGGCCACUGUGUGAACCAGGCAGGCAGCUAUCAGUGUGUGUGCAAUCAGGGACACUAUGGCGAUGGACUCAACGCCUGCCUCGAUGUGGAUGAAUGUGGGACAGACCCAGCGCCAAACUGUGCUAACGGCCAUUGCAGUAAUGUGUUUGGUCACUACGUGUGUGCGUGUGAUAUCGGCUAUGCUAACAUUGUCGAUAACCAGACCUGCUCAGAUGUGAACGAGUGCUCGUCUGCGUCACCACCCGACUGUGCACACGGCAAAUGCAGUAACAUGAAGGGCAGCUACCAGUGCCACUGUAACUCAGGCUAUACUAACACCUCUGCUAGCAACACUCUCUGCUCUG